AUGCACACUCUAAUAAUCGAUAAGUCGCCCGUGUUACUCGGCCCGGAAAACUCUUCCUCUUUCUCUUCUUCUUCUUCUAAAUCCCGAAUCUUCACUUUUAACUCUUCUGAAAAACAGCAACCUCUUCUUUCCCUGCUUUCCACACUUUCUCACUCUCUUCUUCCAGAAUCCCUUCACCCAUCCCAAUACUACUGGUCUUACUCUUCUGGAAAACCAAUCCAACCCUCCACAUGUUUUGACACAUGUAAUGACACAACUCUAGUACGUGUGCGCAUCAACGUGCGCCUGCGUGGUGGCAAAGGUGGGUUUGGUACUAUGCUCAAGGCCCAAGGUGGCAAGAUGUCCAAGCGACGACGACACAAGGGCACUGGUUCGGGUAGUGGUAAUGGGCCAGACCCUACGCUUAAUGAUAACUUUAAAACACUUGAUGGACGUAGGUACAAGUCUUUUAGACAGGCAAAGGAACUGGCAGCGUACCUGGACUUGCGUGAUAAAAAACGUCAGGAAGCUGUGGCUGCCAAAAAGGAAAAGGCGCAAGAAAAAAUUAAAAGAGCAGAUAAUAUAAACGCCUCUCGAAGAGCUCUUGUCGACCCUGACUUUCAGGAUGAUGUCGAAUCUGCUACUGCUGCAAUCAAGGAGUCUACGCUGGCCGCAGUCUCCACCCAUCAACCAGAAGCUGAUAACAAAACACCUAGUCCGGUAAAGAAACAAGAAUCUCCUAAAUCCGUGUCUUCAGGUGUCUUUUUCGAAGAAGAUGAUAUCAUCAGUAGUGAUGACGAUGAUGAUAAUUGA